AUGGCUAUAAGCGUGAUGGAGCAUAUUGCAUACUGGAUGUUGAAGAGGUACAGGGUCAGACGAAGCCGUCGCGCGGGAGCAGAUGCUGAUGUUCACGACACUGCAUUUGAUAAGCCUUGUAUAAGCUAUGCGUUUGGCCGCGCGGUGCGUGCACUACAAUUUACGACUAGUCCGUGA